AUCAUACUUUCGUGCAGUUUAUUUGUGUGUAAUUAUGUCUGGAUAUCAAUUUAACGUAGUAAAAUUGUUAAACUGCAGGAAAAUUUGUAUAUUUUCGUGUCAAAGUUGAUAAUUCUUUUGUGAUCGUACAUGAUAAACUUUAUGACGUAUUGUGAGGGUUUAUUUCUUUAGUGUAGAGAUUGUCUUGAUACAUAAAAAUGGAAUCGGUAAUAAAAUCAGAAGCUGAAAAGAAUGAGGAGGGUGAGGAGACACCAACAGAUUCUCCAGCACCCUCUGGACCUCUCAAAUUCAUCAGCGUAACAAGUUCAAUGCUCACAGAAGAACAACGUGAAAUGUAUGAAUCUGUCCUAUCAACAUGGAAGCCAGUCAUGUUUCCGAAACGUACCAAACAGUACAUUUGCCAGAAGUGUAGUAAGGAAUUCAAAAACUACCAAAAUUUGUACCUGCAUACCACGAGAGUACACUCUUCAGAAGAUUCUGCGGUUAUAUGUGACAUUUGCGUUAAAACAUUUAAAAAUAAACACUACUUAUAUAUGCAUAGAAUGAACAAACAUUACUCUGAAUCGGAAAAAUGUUACUGUCAGUUCUGCUUUCAAGAGUUUAGGACGCGAAGAGCGUUACAUAUGCAUGUUAAACGUGCCCACCCCGCCACAUUACCUGAAAUUAAGUGUCCUGUAUGCGGUAAAGAGUUCAGUGUGCCGUACAAACUUCGGCAUCACAUGGAUUCCUGUCAUAUAGAUGACAAAGAUAAAUAUCAGUGUCCUAUUUGUCAAAAACUUUAUAAAACACAUUUGAAUUUAAACAGACAUCUACAUUUUCAACAUUCUCAAGUUGAAAGACACCAAUGUGUGUUCUGUCCGAUGACAUUUAAAUCACGUCAUCAUAUGAAAAGGCACAUUUUAAAUAUACAUCCUCCGUUAGAAUCUAAAGUACAAUGUCCUGAGUGUCUGAAAGAGUUCAAGAACGAUCAGUACUUAAAAGAGCAUAUGCAAGUUCAUACGUCUUUUGAAAGUAAAGUGAAAUGCGAUCAAUGUGACAAAUAUUUUCAUUCAGCUGUACGUUUAAAGAAGCAUAAGAAGAUAGUACAUCCAGAUAAACCGAAGUUACGUUGCGAGAAAUGCGACAAGGAGUUUGCACACGCUCAUUAUUUGAAAAGGCACAAUAAUUCUGUGCAUUUAGACGUUGAUGAAACUAAAUAUGAACACGAAUGUCCUCAGUGCAAUAAGAAAUUCAAAAUUAAAAGAUAUUUGAACAACCAUUUGCAGCGACAUGAGCAACAACAUUUGAAACGGAUAUCACAGAUGGUGAAGACGGUGAUGGGUGAUGAACAUAAGGCAGGCAAUCCACCGAAGAGACGUGGUAGGCCGAGAAAAGUUCACAAAGAAUUUGAAUUUAUCAAAUGUGAACCUGUUAGUAGUUCCGAAUCGGAAUCCGAAGAUACUGAGACAGAAUCUGAGUGAAAUUACUUCGAAAAUGGAAACUGCCAUGUUAUUGUCAUCAGCUAACAUGUGUGGGGUGUGUGGGCGCUGGAUCCUAUCUCAAGUCAGUGCGUAGGCCUCAGUGAACACACUCCCAGUGCCCUAAGCGCACACAUACAGUCAUGUUUCUAGAAAUUUGUUGGAAUAGUUACAAGGUUAGUAAAUAAUAAAUUAUUUGCUAAUAUUUCAAAUGUGAAAUAAGUAGGAACUGCGGAAGUAAUUUGAGAAAUAAUUUUUUAACAGUGCAAUAAGAUUUGUCUAAUAUUAAAUUUAGGGUUAUAGUUGAACAUGGAUAAACGGGAGACCUUUAUAAGCGAGAGUAGUUGUCCAGUACCAUAAGACAACCUCCAUAAGCACCUCCUAUGUCCUAACUUACGCUUAUCCAGGUUUGACUGUUUUAUGUAUAAGAGAUCUUCUUUCCUUAAUUCUUGUAGAUAGAUAGAAAUCUCAUGGCCCCUUAGUGACCAAUUAACGUUUCUGAGUUUGGCAUUAGUUGUAUUUUCAAGUUGGUACAAACUUGCAAAUUAAGUUUGUUUUGAAAAGUUUAGGCAAAAUAUGUAAAGUGUAAAAAUUUUACACUUGUCAUCUAUCUUUUCUGUGGUGUAUUUUUUAAUUGUUACUAAUCAGUUGUGUAUUCAGUCAGUUUGUAAUAUAACUAACUAAUUAGUUAUAUUAUGAACUGAAAUACGUAGUAACUUUUGCUUUUAUUAUUAAAGUUGAAAUUACUUUUGCCGAGGUUUAUUUUAAAGUGAAUUUUGUCAAUUGUAGUAAAAGGGUCAUAAUAAUUUGUUUCUGUACAUAAUAUUGCGGGGAUUUUUAUUAAUUAGAUAUAUAUUUUAAGUGUUAGUUAUUUUAGAGAAUAUAUAAAGUAGUUUAGAUAAAUGUUUUCAUACGUAUGGAUGCUUUGAGAUAAAUGUACAUACGCUUUUAAGUCACCAACUGAAAGCCUCAUUUUAGUCGCCUUUUCCAUCCCACCCUUUUCUUAUAAGGUAAGGAUGGGAAGGGAAGUUUGCAAAUAAGGGAUACAUACGAUAAAAUUGUCCUAUCAGUUCGUACCCUCCUCUGUUGAUUAAAAAUAGGCAAUGCAGUGGUCACUUCCUUAUUUCGGCAAAUUAUUAAACCUGCCCUUUGCUAUUUGUAAUGUUAGCACAAUACUCUGCCAUACAUCUCCAUUAGAUGUCUAAAUUCACUCCCAUCUCUAGUAUGUCCUCUUUCACUCAAUCUAUUCAUACUUUCUUAGCUCUUCCUCUCUCUUUGUAGUUAUUUGAUCUAUGCUGCAUUCUUUGAUGUUGAGUUUUACUGUUACCACGGUUAGAAGACCAGUACAGAAACAUGUUUAUGUAUAAGUU